AUAUAGCCUGCAAGAAUGGCUGAGGCGGAAAUUUGUGUGUGCACCGAGUGUGAACGAAAUAUGAGAUUGUGCGGGUGUUCAAGCAUAGAGAGCGCGUGAGUGUAUCACGUUUUGCACUGGGAAACGUGCGCAAUCGAUGCACGCCCGUCGAUGAUGUGCGGAUGAGCGUCGCGUUUUCGUUUUCCGCGUGCCGCAGUCUGCGAACGUUCGCCGCCGCGUUGACCACGCGAGAUUUCCAUCAAAAUAUAAAAUCAAAAACAAAAAUUACGUAAACUCCCCAAAGAAUAUUAUAUAACCCACAAAGUAAUUUGAUUAAAGUGCGCACUUUAAAUUACACAACCUUAAAAAUGACUAAUAUAAGAUUUCCCCGCGGAAGAUAAAAUAAGUUAAUCAGAAUUUUGAUUGCGUGCGCGCGUGUAUCUUCCACAUUUCAUCCCCUGCCGACUACCUGUAGCCACCCCCAAACCAUGCCCGUGAUAUAUAAACCCGUGCGGUGCAUUGCUUCACGUCAUUCAUGUCAACCACAGCGUCAUGCGGUGGAGUUUUCAAAAACUUCAAAAUAAAAUCAAGCCACUUGCGGAAAAUGUGACUCAACAGUUCGCGGGUGUAAAUGUUGUGUGUUGGUAGAGGAUGUCGAGGAUAAUAGUAAUGUUAGUGAUGGUUAUGGGGUUGUGGUGUGUGGUGAAAGCGGUGGAAUCGAAUGACACGUGGACUUUAUUGGAGCGUGGUGCGGGUAACGUCAGUGAAGAGGUGCAAGAGUAUAAUUUACCCGAAUUGAUCAAACGCUUUGAGAUGCUGUAUCCGAUUGAGGAGUGGAUGGCAGCCGGAUAUUUCACCAGAGAUUAUCUGACGAUCGUCAAUCCGCAUUGGUUGCGUUUUGCGCCGAGACCGAAAUGGCAGCAUUAUGCGUUGGCGAUCAGUUAUAUGGUUAUUAUGUUUGUGGGAGUUACUGGGAACUUUCUUGUUAUUUAUUUAUUUGCAAGAUGUAAAGCACUGCGCACACCUGCCAACAUUCUCGUCAUCAGUCUCGCCUGCAGCGACCUGCUGAUGAUGCUCAAGAUGCCCAUCUUCAUCUACAACAGCCUCCACCUAGGUCCAGCCCUAGGCGACAAAGCGUGUCGUUUGUAUGGUUUUGUCGGUGGUCUCAGCGGCACGUGUUCAAUCUGUACAAUCACCGCCAUCUCUCUGGACCGUUUCUACGUAGUCAAAUAUCCGCUUAAGAAUCGUUUCUCUUCACAACGAGCGAAACUCUGCGUAUCUUUCUCCUGGUUAUACGCUGGGUCAUUUUCUAUCAUCCCACUGCUUGAUAUUGGAUACGGACGUUAUGUACCUGAAGGAUUCCUCACUUCCUGCAGUUUUGAUUAUCUUACUGAUAAUAAUUCCGCGAAGUCUUUUAUUUGGGUUUUUAGCUUUGGAGCUUUCGUCCUGCCGAUUACACUGAUAACAUUUUUUUAUUCUUCUAUUCUACGUGUAGUGGUUCAGAAGAAACCUGUUCCCGGCAAGCAGCGUUUGACAGGACGUGAAUCACAACGACAUAUGAAAGUCGAAGAUAAGAGGAAACAAGAACUGCGUGUUACAGCGGUGGUUUUCAGUGUGAUUGUUGUGUGGUUUCUAGCGUGGACACCUUAUGCAAUAAUAGCACUUUUGGGUAUCUGUGGACAAAAUGAUAUCAUCUAUCCGUUGAGUUCAAUGAUACCUGCGUUGUUUUGUAAAUCCGCUGCGUGUUGUGAUCCGUUUAUUUACGCCCUGACUCAUCCGAAGUUCAAAAGUGAACUUGAGAAACUUUGUUGUCGGAAAGCAAGAGUUCGCAGGACAUUCACCGCACGUAGUACUUAUACAAGUACACAUGGUGAUGUUUCACAUGUGGAGUCUAGUAUAAUGGCGGAUGAUGGUCCCAAUAAUGUCACAGGUACCAAAACGAAGUAUUGGUGGAAUAAACCGGGGUUUAAUGUGCAUUCAAGCAGUUUAAAGACACUUUCCAGGGGAUUCAGUCAGCGGAGGAGGUCGAGUUCUUCUACAAUUCAAAAAGCGCAACUGUGUGAAGAUGGCGUUGAAGUGUUUGUGUUGAAUAACCUAAAAGAACGCGAGGAGUAUAUGUAGGCGAUGUUGACUAUACCAGCUUGUUGGUAAAUCAUUUGAGUGGAUAACACGAGGACUUUAAUGUGAUUUGAUGUGAUGUUUAAACAUAUACAGGGAGAUGGGCUGAGAAAUGAUAUUUAUGGCAACGAAUAUGUGUUGUAGAUCAUUGUUGUCCUUAAAUGUAUUUUUGUACGCUGUGUGAAGUAGUGUA